GUUUGCUGCAUCACGCAAGAUGGCGGCCACGGUGGUGAACGGUGCGGUCGGCUUCUCAAGCUCUGGGGCUGCAGCACCUUCGGGUGCUGUCCUGCAAGCUGCGGCCAGCAUGUACAAGCAACUCAAGGGUGAGUGGAACCGUAAAAGCCCCAAUCUUAGCAAGUGUGGGGAAGAGCUGGGCCGGCUCAAGCUAGUCCUUCUGGAGCUCAACUUCUUGCCAACCACAGGGACCAAGUUGACCAAACAGCAGCUUAUUUUGGCCCAGGACAUACUGGAGAUUGGGGCCCAGUGGAGCAUCCUCCACAAGGACAUGCCCUCCUUCGAGUGCUACAUGGCCCAGCUCAAAUGCUACUACUUUGAUUACAAGGAGCAGCUCCCCGAAUCAGCCUACAUGCAUCAGCUCUUGGGCCUCAACCUCCUCUUCCUGCUGUCCCAGAACUGGGUGGCUGAGUUCCACACGGAGUUGGAGCAGCUGCCUGCCAAGGACAUCCAGACCAAUGUCUACAUCAAGCACCCUGUGUCCCUGGAGCAAUACCUGAUAGAGGGCAGCUACAACAAGGUGUUCCUGGCCAAGGGAAACAGCCCCACCAAGAGCUAUACCUUCUUCCUCGACAUCCUGCUGGACACUAUCAGGGAUGAGAUUGCUGGGUGUGUGGAGAAGGCCUAUGAGAAAACCAUUUUCACUGAGAUCCAAGAUGAUCCAAUGCAGGAUGACAGGGGGCUCUGCUUUGCAAAGAAACUAAAAGGUCCAUGCUGCACUGUGCAGCUGCUGUACAAUAAGAUCCAGUUCAAGAGUUAUGCAUACUCUUUUGAAUUCUCUGCUCCUGAAGUAACACUAAAAGUAGUUGACCGGCCCCACCUAACUACAAAGGGCUGGGAAACACUUGGAUAUUCAGUGUCUCUGGCACAACUAGAAACUAGAGCAAUUCAAAUUAAGGCAAUAGCAAGACGCAUCUUAAAGCCUGAGGAAAAACAGUAA